ACAGCGACGAAUAUUCAUUUAGCAAUAUAUUCGAUAUCUACAAAACAUAUUUUCACAGUUGAAUCGAAAGUACGGUGGGUAUAACAAUUGCAAGCAUUUAACCGUUCCACUUCUACUUGGAAAACGAAAAUGAGCGGAGUUGGCGGUCCACAAUUUUAUGGCCCUCCUUUUGCAGCAUCAUGUCCUGGUAGCAGCUUUGUUCUUUUUAUGUCCUUGGUGGACUCCAUCUUCAGAAACAUGCCAGAUGUAGAUGACUCAUAUCACAGAGUGAAGCCAAAAACACGUCCCGAUGAAAUAUAUGAUUAUAUUGUUGUUGGAGGUGGGGCAGGUGGAUCAACGGUGGCAGGACGGUUAGCGGAAUCAGAGAAAUAUAAGAUUCUUGUAAUCGAAGCUGGAACUGAUGAACCAACUGUUAUGCAAGUGCCGGCUCUGAAUUUGGCGUUUGGUAACAGCAAUGAGACAUCUUGGGGUUACAAACUCGAUCCGGAACCUGUUGCUUGUAGAGGGUCACCGCAAAAUAGGUGUGCCUGGUCAAGGGCAAAAAUGCUUGGGGGCUGUAGUUCUCAUCACGGCUUGGGUUACGUUAGAGGUGUUCCGAGAAACUAUGAUGAUUGGGAAGCUGCGGGAAAUAAAGGUUGGAGUUACAAAGAUGUUUUGCCUUAUUUCAAAAAAUCAGAAGGAAAUUCGGAAGUUGGUCGUUUGUUUUCAUCAAGGUAUCAUGGAACUAGAGGACCAAUGACAAUAGAAUCGUAUAACUACCGACCUGAAAUAUUACCGGAUUUUUUCGAAGCCGCUAAACGAGCUGGUUUUCCCAUAUCUCCUGAUACAAACGGGGAACAGUUCAUUGGAUUUUCACAGAUUCAAGGAAAUAUGAGGAAAGGUGUACGAGUAAGCUGCGCAAAAGCUUUCCUCAGACCUCACAGAAACAAUCCGUAUCUUCACGUUAUGCUGAAUUCGACCGCUACCAAAAUCAUCAUCAACAAAGACAAAGUAGCUGUUGGUGUGGAAUUCGUAUACAAGAAACAAUAUUUCACCGUGAUGGCAAGAAAAGAGGUUAUCCUAGCAGGUGGAAUCGUAAAUACUCCUCAACUACUUUUAUUGUCAGGAGUAGGACCAAAAGAAGAUCUAGAUCGAGUUGGGAUCAAACAGGUGCAUGAGCUACCCGGUGUUGGCAAAAAUUUAACCGAUCACGUGUCGGUGGGUGUUACACUGGCACUAAAGAAAUUGAAGAAUUAUAACGAUUUGACUUGGAAUGCAGUCCAACAAUAUCAGAAGAAUCGGGGAGGACCAUUAUCCGCUCCGGGAUUGACCCAGCUCUUUGGAAGAUUUAAUUCAAAAUAUGCUGACAAAAAAGGAGAUAAUCCUGAUAUGCUGUUUAUGAGUUACGGUUUCCAAGCUAAAUGUUCUCGAACUGGCCAAGAACAUGAGCUUGAAGACCCAGAGCAUCCCGAUGCUCCAAAAACCAUCAGAAUAUCUCCUACACUGUUGCAUCCCAAAAGCAGAGGCUAUAUUUCGUUGAGAUCGAAGGAUCCUUUGGAAGCACCAAUUAUCGUGGCAAAUUAUCUGACUGAAUCAGAGGAUCAGGAGAGAUUAUUGGAGGCUGUAAGAACUUUACUUCGGAUAUUUGAAACUACCACGUUAUUGAAAGAUAAAUACGGAUUGGAACUGAAUAAAACAACGUAUGGUGAUUGUUCUACCAAACACAAAUUCAACUCGGAUGGUUACUGGAAAUGUGCAAUGCUUUACCAAACACUACCGGGUGAACACCAAAGCAGUUCCUGUAGGAUGGGACCGCCUUCAGAUCGAUUUGCCGUUGUAGACAAUGAACUGCGAGUUUACGGAAUCAAAAAUUUGAGAAUCGCAGACGCGUCAGUUAUACCCUUUCCAAUUUCAGGAAACACAUUAGCUACGGUUGUGAUGGUAGCCGAAAAAGCUGCAGAUUUUAUUAAGCAAAAGUAACUUGAAGAGACAGGAAUUGAAAUUAUAUGUAUUUGAUUAAAUUAUUGUUCAGGACAUUUAA